AAAGCUAACUUGUGUAUUUUUAAAAUCAUAUUUGCUUGUGUAUUUAAUAUUGAAUUAAUAUUCGUUGAUUUUUAUUACUAAUGCAUGUAAUGUAUCUAUUAAUUUAAAUAAUAAUAAUAAUAAUAAUAAAAUGAUCUGUUAAUUUUAUCACAGAUUUGCAACUCCAGAAAAAUAUCUGAUAAAUAUUCACGCCUAAGUAAAUUCCAUAAAAUGCAUCUCUCCUUCACUAAACAAACUAAAUAAAUUAAGCUAACCGACCAACACAUAGAGAAGGAUACUUUAAAAUAUGGCAUAUAAUAAUAAUAAAUAAAUAAUCAUUUUUAACCAUUUAUUUAAUGUUUACCUCUUUGCAUUAAAAAUGUCAAACGGAGUAAAACAAUCUAGAUUCUAUGUUCCAUUUACCUUUACCUGCAAUAAGUAAGUGCCCUAUAUACCUGCCAGUAAAAUUAUAGACGCUCAACUGGCUUGCUAUAACAUACUGCAAAAAUUUAUUUUUGGUGGUAAAAAAAAAAAAGAAAGAAAAAAUAAAUUGUGUCCACCAACAACACCAGUAUUAUGGACCGAGUAUUACCCAAGUAUAUUCUAUUUAAUUAAACUUAAACUACAAUAUGAAAUGGUAAUACAGACAUUCACAGUUGCCUGAAUGAGAGAGACUUGUGGCUUGAAAGAGAAUUUUGAUUUGGUUUCUUAACUCCUGUAUUUCUAUUCGAUGUUGAAAUCACACAGCUGCAUAGCAUUCGCAGCUCAGACGUUCUAAUAAUUCAUAUACAUGUAAUUUAAACAUUUCGAUAUUUUAGCCAACACUCUGGCGCAUUUAAGUCUCAUAUGAGCCAAUAUGUGGCAGUGCGCGAGCGGCACAUAUCAAAGCAUUUUCACUGAGAUAUUUGAAAACGGAGUCGUGUGGUGAACGCCUGCGUGUCCCUUUUAAAACAAAUCCAGGGACUGUCAAUCAUCGCGCAUUCCGACCAAUCCCAAAGCACCGUUUUUUAAAAGCUGGUUUGCCUGCUGUGCUUUUAUAUUGCAGUAUGGCCUGGUUCGGAGCAUUUUACUACCACGGUUAUUGCCACAAAUCAAGAGGGCAAAGUGAACGGCAUGGGACUCACACCAACCUUAACGAACCUGGGUCCGAUUCCUGCGUCUGAGAGGUUUACGGGCAAUAACUGCACAUGCAGAUGAUACAGCGGGGGAAAUGGGGAAGAGUUUUGUAGGUAAAUCGUAAACGUGAAAGGUUGGUUGAUUUGCCAAACCCUCAGCCAAGCUUGCAACAAAACAUGACAAGCCUGUCGCGGUUUAGUGGCUGCCCUCUUUCUUGCGUCAACCCUGGGGAGAGCAAUACUGAACCCAGCGUGGUGCUGCCACCUUUGGCAGAGGAGCACAUGGGGCACCCCACUGGCAGUUCCUUAAAACUCUGCCCCUCGCAAAAUUUGCGAGACUACCACGAGACGAGGGCCAGUGCAUAUGUUGACCACUCGGUUAGCCAUUUUCCAGACACUGGAUACAUCAGUCAUCGCUUAGAACCCAGUCCUAGGGGCAUUAUCAUUGGGACAAAUCUGUCAGCAGCAGGCAUGCCACCAGUAACUGAUCAGCUGGCACCGAGACCUAACCAACAUGGCAAUAUUGGUAGGUACCGUGACCUCCACAGCUAUAGGGAUGGCAGGAGCCACUCGUUCUUCAGCACGUAUCAAGAGCAGGCCCAUGGCUCGUCAGACGCAACUCGAGAUCUCAGCAGCCAAAUGAUGUUGGGUCUUCCCGGAGAUCUUCUCUCACGAACGCACCCGUAUGGGCAAUCGGUCAAUGGCCCCAGGGCCAACAGCCAGCAGCUAGUCACUCAGUUCUUGGAGUUCUAUAAGCCUCUGAACAUGGCCAUGCAACGAGGAGGGGGUGACGCCUUCCUCAGGUGCUCCAGGCAGAACCCAAAGCACGAGCUGGUGUGCAAGUGGAGUGACGGCCAAGAAGGCACUGGCAAGCCGCCCUGCGCCAGGAGUUUUGGGACCAUGUAUGAGCUCGUCACCCAUGUGACGGUUGAGCAUGUCGGAGGACCGGAGCACUCUGACUACGUUUGUCACUGGGAGAACUGCCCAAGAGACAGAAAGCCCUUCAAAGCCAAAUACAAGCUCGUCAACCACGUCAGAGUGCACACUGGAGAAAAGCCCUUUCCCUGCCCUUUUCAUGGAUGUGAAAAAGUUUUUGCCAGAUCCGAAAACCUCAAGAUACACAAGAGAACGCAUACAGGUGAGAAACCGUUUAAAUGUGAGUUUGAGGGCUGCAAUCGGAGAUUUGCAAACAGCAGUGACCGGAAGAAGCAUUCUCACGUUCACUCCAGCGAUAAACCCUACACGUGCAAGGUCAGAGGCUGUGAAAAAUGUUACACACAUCCCAGCUCCUUGCGUAAACACAUGAAACUCCAUUGCAAGGCCUACAUUGCCAAAAUCGGCGAAGACGACGAGCACCUUGUAGAAGCCAGGUCUCCUGAGGUGGCAGAACAGCAAGACACACCCGCCUCUACCACAGUGACGCGAACGAUGACGACCCCCUCCCAAGAGACUCUGUCUCCUGAGACGCGAAAUGAGUCGACUAUGAGGUCACGUUUCCAUCACACUUUUGAAAACAGUUUGGACUAUACGGCGCACAGGCCACAGUCCCUUUUGGACCCUCUGUUGCUACAACGGGGCAGUUACAGACCCGAAUCUGUACAAUACUCAUGCAACCAACCAAGCCAUACGUUCGCACCUAGCCAUAGAACUUUUACGUCCAACUCACCUUUUCAAAAAAGUCUGGUAAAUGGCUGGUACACCUGUCAUAGCGCCGUGGACACCUUUUCACCCAAACACUGUAACAGUGAUUUAUAAUGUCUGUAAUUCGGGCUUGUACUCGGCGUGUUAAAGCACUGACGGAUGACAGCCGAAGGGUUCCUCCUCAUGUAAAAUUGUCCCACAGGCUUACUAAAUAGGCAAUUUGUUACUGUGAGCUAUAUCUGUUGUACUUUAUGUUCUUGUAUUGGUGAGACGUCGGUGAAGGUUCCUAAACUGUAAAUAGAUUAAUUAACACUUGCCUAAAUAUCUAUAAAAGUAUUGAUAUGCUGCCAGAAUAGUCAUAUAUCAAAUAUAAAAUAUCUGCAAACAAGAUACCCACAGAUGGAGUAGAAUAUAGUUCGAAGUAAUAAAAUAAGUUAUUUCUGCACAGGAAAAAAUUGCGUAUUAUUUCGAGGUUCUGUAGAGGCAGGGCCUCCGUAUGUGUUGUAUAGUGGAAAUUUAUCUCUUGAAAAGUUAUUCAUGAAGUAAUCUCUUUUGUAAAGUACAUGAAUUUUAUAUGUAUUUUCUGUCACGCUUAAAUGUAGGUCGCAGGUUAUUAGAAUUAAAAAGUAUCGUUUGUCUUGAUGUGAUGUGUGAAGGUGAACUCAUCAGUGGACGCGGCCUUUAAGAUUAUUUUAAGAUUUUCUCACCACACCACUACUGAGUUUAUUUGAUACUUCAAUAAUGCUGUGGCGAUUAUUACAGACAUCAGUUCCCUUCAUGAGAAUUGUUUAAUUAAGAUUGUACUGUAUAUACUGUACAAUUAAUUAUGCAUUCAAAGUUUCAUUAAAGUAUCUCUAUUCUCUUUGAUCAGGCGUGUGAUUUAAAUCUAUGCUUCUCAAAGGAAACGUGCGUGAUUUCGGUAUAAGCUUUUGGAUUGUAUCUGCAUACGUGUCUUUUAAUUUUACGAAUACCACAUACGUGUUUAGGUUUUUUGGAAAAAAAAAUAAAAAAAUAAAAAUAAAUAAAAAAUAGAAAAGAAAAAAAAUAUAUACUUUGGUGACUUUCAUACUUGUGUGUGCAGUGUCCAAAAUAUUUAUUUUGUUUUCAGUGAAAUCGAUUUAGCGGCCAAAGUCACCUCAAAUGAACUCCAGCAGGUGCCCAUUUUAUCGCCAUUUUCUUGUCCGUUUAACUCUCUGGAUCCUUUUAUGCGAACUGCGUUACGAUAAUAUCAUUUAAUAUUAACUUUAUUGCUAUAUAACUGCAGUGCAAUAUGACAGGGCAUGAAUAAGGUGUGAGCGAGGAUAUAGGCCUUGUACUUAUGAUCGCACUCUGCAGCGAAAAGCCAACCUGCACUUACUUAAGUUGCUUAAUAUACGAAUGUGUAGGUUUUCAUUUGGUUUCGGUAGACUACAGCUUUUUACUUAUCGUACAAGAACUGAAAAUGAGCGCAAAUCAUGUACAAAUCGGCUGUAAUCUCACUUCUGUUGUUAAUAACAAAAUUACAGAAUUGGAAAAAAUAAGCAACACAAGUUUGGUGGUGAUGAAUGAAAUGUUAGGUUAAUGCAAGGUAAUGUAAGGUACCACAUACUGAAACCCAAAUUGUUAGCCUGAGGUCCACAACACUUUCAGUUCACCAGUUACAUAACCAAAUUGCUAUUGCAUAUUUUCCAUUUUGUCCUCAGUCGUUUGUUACUGUCCCCAUUUUUUGAAUUGAUUCAAUAUUUUGAAAAAAUCUGAACACUUGAACUGUAAUGCUGUAAAUGCUGGAAAAAUGAAACUUGGGGCCUUCGGUAGUGGUCUACUGUUGAAUAUUGAGUUGCAACUGUUGUCAUAAAGUUUGUUAUAUAACUAUUGUUGUAUACUCAUAUAGUUUGCACUUAUAGACUAUUUUAUGCACUAGUUUUGCCAGGAUUUUUGUGGGUGUGUGUAUGGUGUUGUGAAGUGGUAGAGAUAGGAUAGGGUGUGAAGCAGCUAAAACUAAUGACCGGGAUGUAUUGCAUUUCAAAAGACUCAUUUCUUUCCUGGUUGGUUAUUACAAUAAUACAUUUCAUUCAUAGUUUAAGAGCCCAGUUCCCACUGUUAAGGAAGGUGCCUCAGGCACCAAUCAUUAUAACCUACUUAUAGAGAGAAACUGGUGAAAAAUCGGGUGACCAAAUAAUACAGUGAACCUGUGUUUUUGGGACUUUUUAAGACAUGAGAAAAAGAGACUCUUGGUUUAACUGGAUAAGGGGCUACCAAGGCUUUUGACCCUGUAGGGCUUCUAACAUAUUUUUCAGUUUAUUCACUUAGCUAUUGUGAAUAACUUUAGAAAGGUCAUAGGGCAAAUGUAAAUUCUCCUCUCCACUGAAACCUCAUACCAUCAGUGCCGGGUUGAUGCGAUAUGUUCAAAGCAUGUUGUUGUGAAUGUGAGGUUUGCAAGAAAUUCUUCAUUUUUAUUUUGAAUACUGCUGGAUCAUUGAGAGACAGGAAAUUGAAAAGAGAGAACAGGAAGUUGUAGUAUUUGCGACAAAGUUUGUUUAUAUCUUGUUUUGAGGAGAUAUUUCCAAAUUUACAAUAUAAAAGUUGUGUUAAUAAUUGUAUUUUCAUUAGAGAGGAUGUUUAACGCAUAGAAAUACUUGCAUUAAUGUGGUGUGUAGAUCAAAUGCUGUGUAAAAACACGUCAUAAUUCAUCCGAACUGAUCCUGUCUUCUAUAAAAUAAUACCUAUCCAAACGUUAGUAUGUUAAAUCUUACAAGCUGUUUUGAGUAAUUGCAAUCAUAAAAAUCAUUACCUUGA